AUGGUGCUGCGCCACUCCUGGGCCACGUCUCCCCCCCCUUGGCUAAUUAACCCCCCUCGUCCUCCAUUCUCUCUUCCCACUCUACUCCCGAUUGAUCCUAUUCUCGGAACCCUUCUCUCUCCGUCCUUGUUCACAAUCUUCCUUCUAUCCCUACGGAGUACUCUGUACCGGUUCCUCAAGUUCCCUACCACACACCUACCUUACCCCAAAGUCUUUCCUGGAAAAGAUCGUCGCUCUUCUCGAACCGAACCAAAGCACCCCCCCUCUGACGCAACUCUCCGCGAAAAACAGCCGCUUCUUACCCUUCCGCUCCUCUCGCAACCGACAACCAUCGCCGCCCCGAGCGAUCAACUCCUCCCGCUCCGGCUCGACCUCGACGACGUCUUCGAUAUCCUCUACCGCAUCGGCUUCAGAAGCAUCACCACCAGCAUCCCUCCAGCUUUCCCCCUCGACCUCCCCGACGAGCAGUACAAAGUCCGGCCACAGAUCUUUCUUCUUGCAACCUCCUGCUCCUUCCCGUCUUUGUCCUUGGACCUGGCCAAGCUUGCUCUCACCUCGCCGUCGCCGCCGCCGCAGCAGCAGCACUGGGAAGUGCGACCUGAUGAGGUCACAAUCUUUCAUCAUCUCCUGCACUCCAGGUCGGACGACAGCCGCAGACGGGCAAGCACAUGCCCAUCUCGUCUCGUCGCUGCUGGUCCCAAGUGCCGUCGGUGCUCUCCCCGCAGCAACCUUACUUGUCGUCUUCUUUUGGACGAUGCAGAUCACGAUAUUCUCCCACACGGGAACCAUUUGGGCUUACUCGUGUUGAUUGCAGUCACCUACGAAGACAUCAAGUCGCUCAAGAACGACUGGUUGACAGACAACAACAUUGCUUUCUGGGAAGAAUGGCUGGAACGCGAAGUCCUCCCCAAGUACCCUCAAGCCCGCAUCAUCCUGCUUCGGCCCUCAAUGACCUUCCUCCUCAUGAAGGAGCCCGACAUGCGCCAGAUCCGCUCCGCCCUCCCCGACUUCUCCAAAGUAACACACAUCUUCCUCCCCAUCAAUGACGCCCGCAACGUCGCCCAGGCCGAGGGCGGCUCCCACUGGUCCCUGCUGCUCGUCAGCGCCAUCGACGGCGUCGCCUUCCACUACGACUCCCUCGGCGGCGCAAACUACGCAGAAGGCCGCCUCGCCACCCACAAGAUGUCCGAGAUCCUCGGCCGCCCACUCCGCUAUCUCAACCUCGACGACUCUCCCCAGCAGGAGAACGGCAGCGACUGCGGCGUGUUUGUGUGUAUCCUAAUGCGCCACCUGCUCAUCAAGCGCCUCCUCAGCGCCAACGCUCGCGAAAAGGUCAGCAUGAGCAUGGCCAACAAGCUGAUUGACAGCCACGGCGGACGUAAAGAGAUGCUCAAAAUUAUCGAGAGCUUGCGCAAGGAGGGCGAGCGGAGGAGAUCGUAA